UCAGAUUAGGUUGGUCUCUCAUUUCUAUGCCAAGGAAUUUUCACUUGUGCCAUCUCUGACAAGCUUUCCUCACCAAGAAAAAGGAAGUCGCAUACAACUCUUCAUAUCCAAAGGUAAAUCGAACACUGUAAAUGCCGCAUUGAUAUCUCAAUCAGCUGUUUCAUCUUCUGAUUUGCAUAAUAUCUCAUCCGCUACGAGGUUAUUGUCAAUUUUGGAUCUGGUUUAACAUUGGGCCUCUUGAUAUGAACUGAAAAUGCAAGUUGUGCUUCCUGGUUCUUUUUAAGUUAUUGCUGUUUGGAGUCCUGGGUUUUCUUAAAGUUCAGAUCUUUUGAUUUGAAAUUGUGAAUUUAGGAGAUAUUUACGGGUUGUAAACAAUAACUGGUGUUGGGUCGAUUAGGGUUUCUGGGAUUUAAUUACUAUGGAUGGUAUAGGACGGAAUUUUGAAGCCGGGUCUGGAUUAUCUGGUUCACAGUCGAUGAAAAAUGGCAUCUUUCGUGACGAUGAUGGUCGUCCUAAACAGGAGUCACCUAUGAGGGGUGGUGGGUCGAGGAAUACGAGUCCGAUGGGUCGUGUAGGAUCGAGGAAUACCAGUCCGUCGAGGGUUAAGACUAAACCACGUGGCUUAGAUGAGGAAACAGUGGCCACAUUUGGCAAAGCUGUUCAUCCUGAUGUUCAAAUGGAGGAUAAUAUAUGGGCAAUGUUACCUGAAGAUUUGUUGAAUGAGAUUUUAGCUAGGGUUCCUCCUUUUAUGAUAUUCCGUCUUCGCUCUGUUUGUAAGAGGUGGAACUCGAUUCUUCAAGAUAAUAGUUUUCUUAAAUUUCACUCACAAGCGCCAGCUCAUGGCCCUUGUCUUCUGACGUUUUGGAAGAACUCACAGACACCACAAUGCUCGGUUUUCAGCUUGCCAUUGAAAACAUGGUAUAGAAUUCCAUUCACAUUCUUGCCACAGUGGGCAUUCUGGUUGGUGGGUUCGUCUGGGGGUCUUGUUUGCUUUUCUGGGCUUGAUGGGCUAACUUUUAGAACAUUAGUUUGUAAUCCACUGACACAAAGUUGGAGAACAUUGCCAAGUAUGCAUUAUAAUCAGCAAAGACAGUUGAUAAUGGUCGUUGAUCGAAUGGAGCGAUCAUUCAAAGUCAUAGCAACCAGUGAUAUUUAUGGUGACAAGUCAUUACCUACUGAAGUGUAUGAUUCGAAACUUGACAAAUGGUUCCUUCACCAGAUAAUGCCAGCAGUUAACCUUUGCUCCUCGAAGAUGGCAUAUUGUGACUCUAGGUUAUAUUUGGAAACCCUUUCGCCUCUUGGAUUGAUGAUGUAUCGGCUUGACACGGGGUACUGGGAACACAUUCCCGCUAAGUUCCCACGGUCACUGUUGGAUGGAUAUUUGAUUGCUGGUUCUCAGAAGCGUCUUUUUCUAGUUGGAAGGAUUGGUCUGUAUAGUACUCUUCAAAGUAUGAGAAUUUGGGAAUUGGAUCAUGCCAAGACUAUUUGGGUGGAGAUAAGUAGGAUGCCACCGAAGUAUUUUCGAGCGCUCUUGAGGCUGUCAGCUGAAAGAUUUGAGUGUUUUGGACAGGACAAUUUGAUAUGCUUCACAUCUUGGAAUCAAGGGAAGGGUCUCCUUUAUGAUGUUGAUAAGAAGGUCUGGUCCUGGAUUGCUGGAUGUGCUCUUCAGUCAUACAACAGCCAGGUUUGUUUCUACGAGCCAAGGUUUGAUGCUUCCAUCUACUAAACUGGAAUCCUUUUUUGCCGCCUAUAUACUAUUUGUCAUAAAGGACUGUCACAAGGCAUCAUCUUUACAUGCCUUGUAUUUCCUCAUCCUGCGUGUACACAUCUAUUGCCGAGACUUCUUUUACUCUAGCAAGUUCAUUAAGAAUUCAAGUUCCUCCAGCGUUGUUAGAUAAGUAACAGCAGUGCAAGCUGGAGGCAAGUUUUGAUAGGCAAUUUUCUAAUUUAACCAUUGGUUUAAUUUUCUAUAACUGGGCUUUGUUUUGAACAUGGAAGCAAUGCUGUUGUAAAAAAUCACUUAAUUGGGUUGGCUUCUUCUUUUCUUCUUCGGGAGAAAAAGGAGUGUGGGGCGGGGGCAGGGAGUUCUCAACAACAUACAUGAUGGCUUAUGACAUUUUGGGGAGAUUUGUAAGAAACUUGUUAUUUUUGCUUCCCCUUCCAAGCUUUUGUACCUUUGUGGAAGAUCCUCGAGUACAUAUAAAUUGGAAAAAAUUGAACUGUUUUGACCUUCUUUUUUUGUCA